CACCUGAGCGCGACGCGGGUUAUUUCACGGGAAUGUCAGGAUCAGUGGCGUGGAGGAGCGCGGCUCUGAGGGCCCUCGCGCUCGGGGCCCUGCUGGCGCUGGUUUCUGGGGGACCCAGACCCGAGAACAGGAGGGAGCACGCAGAGUGGACGCAGAGAGUUCAGUAUCCGUCUCUUCACGACACACAGCGCGUCCAGAUCCCCUCAGUGGACGAUCCACAGAGAUGCUCUGCUGGUUUCUAUCUGGACAGAAGUGGUCUGAUUGCUCGUUGUGUUCGCUGCUCCUGUAACGGUUUCUCUAACGAGUGUGAGGAAAACACCGGCCGGUGUCUGAAGUGCGGUGAUAAUACAGCAGGUGAUCACUGUGAGCGCUGUAGAGACGGAUUUUACUCAAACGCUGCUCAGAGGAGAUGCAGCGCGUGCCCAUGUCCUCUCAGCAACAAUUUUGCUCUGGGCUGCACUGAAACCGAAGGCAGACUUCUGUGUCUGUGCAAAGACGGUUACACGGGCGAAAGAUGUGAGCGAUGUGCUCCGGGAUAUUACGGCGAUCCUCUGGUCUCCGGUGGACGCUGUCGUCUGUGCAACUGUCCUGGAAACCUGUGUGACUCUAAGACUGGAGUGUGCAGGAAUUCUCUGGAGCUCCAAGACACAAACACAGAAGAGCAGUGUGAAGAGUGUGAUAACUGUGCACAGACACUGCUGAGUGAUCUGGAAAAGCUUGAUAUUGAGCUCAGAAGAAUUAAAGAUCAACUGGAUUUCGACUCUCUCAGACCUUCAUCUAAAGAGCAUCUGAGGAAGCUUGAAGAAGCCAUCACAGCCACAACGAAUCUGGUGAACACGUUCAGCUUCACCGUCGACAAUCAGGUGCCUAAAAUUAACCAGCUGGAACAAGAUGUUAUGAAUCUGGCCGAAGAUAUGGACAGUCUGAAAGAACAGGUCAAAAAGCAAUCUGAGGAUGCACAGAAAGCUCUCGCUAACGCUGAAAACAGCCACCAAAGAGCAAAAGAUCUGGACACCGAGACACAGAACCUCCUCAGAAAAAUACAAGAGCUCCUGAAGCAGCUGAUGGACUCAGAGAGCAGUGGAUCCGCUCUGCCCAACGCUGAUUUAGCCAAACUCCUGGAGCGGUCUCAGAGCAUGGUGAAGGAGAUGGAGAAGAGAAGCUUCACGCCGCAGAAAGACGCAGCUAAGAAGGAGCAAGCAGAAGCAAACAAAUUUCUGGAGAAUGUUAAAAACAUCAUAAAGCAGUGCGAUGAGAAUGAGGCGGCGUCGAAGCGUGUUGACAGUCUACUGAGCAGCUAUGAGGCCAAACUGAAAGAGUUAGAGGAUCUGCUCAAACAGGCUGAUAAUACGCUGAAGACAGCCAGCAAUCAGAACGACAUCAACGCCGAAGGCCUCAGAGAUAUUCUGGAGCGAGUGAAGGAUCUGGAGCGUGAGCGAGACCUCGUCCAGGAUCAGAUCGUUCUUGCGGUGAAACAGCUCAAAGACACUGAGGACGCCCUCAAUAUGUUCAAUGACAGCAAAACGGAAUACGAACAGCUUGUGGCGCAGCUCAACGGAGCAAAGACCGAACUCAAGGAGAAAGUCCAAACCAUCUCACAAGCAGCAGCCAAAGAGAAGAUAGUGAAACAGGCAGAAGAACAUGCAGAAAACAUGCACAAACUGGCCAAAGAGCUGCAAGAGGCUGUGCAGAAUGUGAGUGGGCGCUCUGGUGUGCAGACUGCUCUCUCUGGGAUAGAGGCGUACAAAAACAUCACCGACGCUGUCAACGCUGCAGAGGAGGCGGCGAAGAAGGCCAAAGAGGCGGCAGACAAAGCGCUCAAUGAUGUCAGUGAAGGGGACUUAAUCAACAGGGCAACAAAUCUGAAAAACAAUGGCAAUAACCUACUUAAAGAUGGCAAAAAUGCAGCUAAAGAUCUUAAAGGAGCAACUAAAGACCUCAGUAAUCAGAAGGAACGCCUGCAAGCUGUGGAAGAGAAGAAGAAAGCACUGGAAAAGGAGCUGCUCGCUGUUCAAGAGGGUUUGAAGGGGAUUCAGAGAGAUGACAUCGGUAACAUUAUCGAUGCGGCUAAGAAAGCGGCAGCGGCAGCCAAUCGCUCCACGAGUGACACAAUGGACGAGUUAAGCAACAUCAAAGCAGAAGUUACCAAGAUCUCCAUUACUCCUACUCUCUCUAAUAUGGACAAUGUUCUCAAUAAUGUGGAGAUGACCGUCAGAAAUCUGAGCGGCUCCAUCCCGUCCCUGUUGGAUAAAAUAGAAGAGAUCAAUUCUGAGAUUAGCGCCGGGAACAACGUGACUGAUAAUAUUAAUAAGAUAAAGGAGCUGAUCGAGCAAGCGCGAGAUGCUGCUAACAGAAUUGUUGUGCCUAUGAAAUUCACGGGUAAAGGGCAUGUAGAGCUGCGUCCGCCGCGAGACUUGGACGACCUGCGGGCGUACACCGCUCUCACCCUGUCCCUCCAGAGACCCGAGCAACCCCCCAAUCGGCUCGACGAGAGCGGCCGGCGGCGGCGCCAGACAAAUGAUGACAGUCUGUUCGUGAUGUACCUCGGAAACAAGGACGCAUCCGGAGACUACAUCGGCAUGGCUCUUCGCAAUAACAUCCUGCAUGUCAUCUAUAAGCUCAAUGGAGAGGAGUACGAUAUCGAGGCGUCCAGCAUCACCGAGUCCUCAUCUGACGUGGCUUUCUUCGACAAAAUCGACCUUUACAGAAUUUAUCAAGAUGCUCAAGUCAUUCAAACAAAGCAGUUCACGUCAAUCAAUCCGAAGCCUCCGCUGCUGAAGGGAAACCUAGGUGAACUGACACGCAACCUGCUGGACCUCAGUCCAGAUAAAGUGGUCUUCUAUGUUGGAGGUUAUCCAGAUGACUUCAGGCCACCAGCCUCUCUCAACUAUGGCAAAUACAAGGGCUGCAUUGAGUUUUCCACCUUCAAUGACAAAUUCAUCAGUCUGUACAACUUUAAGAACGCGGUUGAUAUUAACUUAGAAACCCCUUGCAAGAGACAAAUCCCACUGACGAUCUCAGAGUCAGAUUAUUAUGAAGGCACCGGUUACGCCAAAGUCCUGCUUGAAAGAUUCCCCAACUAUCUGUCGAUCAAUCAGAAAGUGGAAACGAGAGCUAAGGAUGCUCUUUUGCUGUAUUUAGGAGACGAGGAGGAUGACUUUUUCUACAGCGUCUCUCUUGAGAAAGGUUACGUUGUUCUGAGUGGCCAAAACAAAAAUAAUAUUUUGGAGACCGUCAGAAGUCAGGAUAAGCCAAGUCUUUCUCCGGAAACAGAUGUGAAAGUCUUGAUUAUUGCAGGAAGAGAGUUUAAAGUCCGAGUCGGGAACACCGAGGUCAAAAGGACGGACGUCAUUCCACAAACGUUCAAGCACUUCUACGUCGGCGGGAUUCCCAACUCUUUGCGUGAGAGAUACAACAUGACUGUCCCGGCUCUGAAAGGCUGUGUGAAAAUCGGCACAGCGGGCGGCUCCACCCCGAGCGUCGAGGAGAAAGUGGGAGUCGGCAGAGGCUGCACUAACGAGCUGCAGAUGGUCAGGAAAGCGGAGUUCAGUCUCGGCAGUGCACUGGAGAAACUCCAUGAAGACUUCAGCUUAGACGAUGUCAAUCUUUCUCUGGGCUUCAGGAGUACAAAACCAGACGGCAUCCUGCUGCAGAACAGCAAAAACAAUAAAGACAUGGAGCUCUCCAUGGAGAGCGGAUAUGUGCUCCUCAAAUUCCAGGGCAGCGUCUGGAAAUCUACUAAGCAGUACCAGGAUGGAGAAUGGCAUUAUCUCACUGUUUCCGGACAGGGCCAAGGCAUUGAACUUCGCAUCAAUGAAGAAGAUGUUGGCCGGAGAGAGACAGGAUCUUCAUCUGGACUGUAUUCGUCCAGCGUAAUCCUCGGCAAAGACACCUUCAAGGGCUGCAUCUCCAACCUGUAUCUGAGGAGACCUGCUUCUCUUUACAGAGCGGAGGAUCUGAGCACUUACUCUUUCACAGGAGACGUGUUGUUGAACACAUGCAGCGCCACACGCAAUAUCUAGCAGCGCAGCUAUUAGCAGAGGCGAGGAGUAUCUGACGCAGACAUUUCACAUAGAGAUCUUUGGAAGAAAUGCUGUUAUAUUACGGCAUAACCAACUCACUUUAACCAUCUGCUGCAUUUCAUUGCUUCAUUUGCAUAAUUAAAGAUAUUUUCAUGGCA